AUGAUCCUCUCUCGUGCUCUCUGCGCGCUGGCGCUUACCGUCGCUGCGUCUGCGGCGCCCCUCGCGAGCGUCAAGCGUGACGUUGACGCGUCCCUCGUCCCUGCUUUUGGCAUUCAGGCGGGUACCAACCCCGAUGGCACAGGCAACUGCGACGGUGUCACAGGCGCCAACGGCCAGGCCGUCCAGAUCCCCUGCCAAUGCCCUCCGUCGAACCAGACUUUCCUCGCCUCCCUCAACGCCAACGUCGCCGCAGGCCAGGCCGUGAACAACCCCUCCGUCAAGGUCGCUUUCCCGACCGACGACAGCACCGCGUCGCAGCUCGCGCGCCUCAACGCCGCCACCGUCACACUGCAGAACCUCAACGGCACAGGCGUCGGCUGCCCGCAG